AGUUCAUCUGUUGCACCCCAUCAGAAACCAAAAUAUAAACUUGUUUUACUCCAGUGUUUGUUAACAAUGUAAAUGUUAAUAAACACUGUAUAGCCAUAAAACAUGCAUGGUUAAAACUAUUAUUUUUAUAUCAUGGAUGGUCAGUCCUUGCAUCCAUAGCUCUGUCUAUGAAUUUGAGAGUGGUUACAUUUCUCCAAGCCUAUCCAUCAGCUGUUUACCAAAACAGAGGAGGGGUGGCAGCUUUGUUAAUGUGUAAUUUUUUUACUCAGUGUUAUUCAAGUGGUAAUACAUUUGUGGUAAUACAUACAUUUUCUUAUGAUUUAUUUUCAACCACAUCCCCUGUUGAUUUUGUUGUUAAUUUGAAGGUGAUAUUGGGUCAUGGCCAGUCUGCAGCAGGAGUACCCCCUGGUCCUGCUGGGGAUUCUGGAGGAGCUGGCUGCUAUGCGCCCCUGGCUUUCCUUUCAGGACCUGUGUAGAAUGGUCAGCACCCGCUUCGACCUGCAGCACCUCACAGAGCUUAGGAGCCUGCUGUUCUCCGCAGCCUGCCGCGAUCCCUGUUUCCCCGCCACCCUCUUCAGAGACAGGGUCAACCCUAAGGGACUGGGGACAUCCCCGAUUGGCGUGGCAGCUGACAUCGUCACAAUAUUCAACCUCAUUCAAAUGACGGGUGGGGUUCCUGAAGAGGCCCAGGCGGCCCAGCCAAUGAAAGCUCAGCUCGGCCCCAAUAUCGACCAAUCCCCGGGGCCCUCUUUGCAAAUUUCUUUGCCCAUCGCUGACGAGGUGAGAUUCUCCAGCCGCGAUAGGGUGCGCACACUGUCAGACUCUCAGACCCUCUCAGGCCCUAUCGACCAGAGCUUGCUCUGGCCCAAAGCAAAUUACUCGUUCCUCAAGCGUGCCAGUCUCCCUCCUGAUCCCCUCUCUCUGGUCUCGUCAUCCCCUCCAGGCCGUGCCAGGGCUGUGUCUUUCGACUGGCGCCACAACACCCCGCUGUUCGCUGGCAGUGGAAGCAUCCCAGGCCAGGCCAUGCAGAGCAUCUACCUCCCCCUGGAGACAGACAGCGAGUCCUCAAAGGAUUCCCUGAGUGGAGACUCGGCACCCAGGGAUCCCGGAUCAGAGCCGGGAUCGCAGCCGGGAUCGGAGCGGCAUUCCUGCACGAAGAAGAGAGGUAUUUUCAAGAUGGACUUCCACAACCAGUCGCACCUCGUUCCCGAGGUGACCAUUAGUACCGUGACUCCAAGAGUAGGAGGAGGAGGAAGAGGGAGGCAGGAACUUUUCACCAAUCGCAGCUUCGAGAUGCUCUCCAACCCGUAUCCUUCGCCCAUGGUCGGUCGGCCUUCGCCUGGAAAAAAUGAAAGCCUGGAUGACCUCCAGGACUCCACAUACUUUGGCCCAGGGGGUACUAUUCCUGAAUGGUCCCCCCUCCACCCCCAACCCCCCAGGACCCGUAGGCCAGGAUGGACGGACAAGAGCCUCAGUCUGGAUGACAGGUUGGUCGGCUUGGAUGGCUCCGAGGGCUCCCUUCAGAGGAGACUUGCUCCCAGCCCCACCACAAACUCUGGUGAGUGGUUGCCCCUUUUAAAGGGAUGGGAGGGGACCGUCAGUCCCAGACCUGAAGGAGAAGGGUGGAUGGCCUGCAGUACGGGCACCCAGACAGACACCAUGCCGGGCACGCGGCACCUGCGGAGCCUGGUGCACGCCGACCACCUGUCCUUCAUGACCUCGAUGGACAACCCCGACAUGCUAGGUGAGGACGACAUCAGCACCAUCUUCCGCUUCCUGGAUGACAUGAGCAUGUGCGGCUCCACAGGGUACAUCUGCCCCCCCGACGGGGGCCCUUCGGCAGCCCAGGACACCCCGGAGGCGCGGCGCGGCCGCCUGGGCCAGCUCCAGAGGCUCUUCCAUUCGCUGGACGGCAGUGACGAUGGCGGGCUCAAGGCAAGCGUGUGUAAACUCCUCCUGAGAAUGGGUCAGAUCGAACAGAGCCUGGAGUCCCUGUCCGAGGUCAAGGCCGAGAUCUCCCAGGUGCUCUCCUUCCUCCAGCGGCUGGACGAGAAGAUGCAAGAGCAGGCCGUGGGAGGUACACGGGGAGGUAGGUGGCUGGGACCCCCCAGCGGCGGUGAGUCUUCCCUGGGUGUGCUAAGCCAUCCGCUCAGCCCUGGGUCUGGUGGUUCCUCUGAGCCCCAGCCUCUGUCUGUAUCUGUGCAUUCGUUUGGUAGCCUGGACUGGAACCGGUGGGGGAAGAUGGAGGAGAACAGAGGUGUGAGCGAAAGCAAAGUGGGGAAGAAGGUGCUCUCUCGGCAGGCCUCUUGCAAGAGUGGCGUGGACUCCAAGCGGCCAAGCAUCAUCUCCAUCUUGUCUGCACGGGAUUGGACGGUGUCUUUCUCGAAAAGUAAAGAUGACAAGGACCAGCCUGGGAAAACAGGACAGACGGACCAAUCAAACAGCUCUGCCCAGAGUCACAAACUCCCUCCUCAAAAACACUCCCACUUGGUGGAGCAGGUGUCCAACUCUUCUCUCUUCCAUCAGAAGGGUGGCGGUUUGACCAAUCCAGGGUUGUCCUCUGGGUUGACCUCUGGUUUGACCUCUGACCUCCGAUUGGCUGAGGGGAGAGGAGCCCCGGUCUGGACCGUGGAGGAGAGAGAGGCCAGAAUGUCCCCUCUGGACCUACAGGCCCAGGAGUCUCUAAACCCUAAUAACCUGGAGUUUUGGAUGGAGGACAUCUACACGCCAGGUUACAGCACACUGCUGAGGCGCAAAGAGGCCAACCAGCGCAGAGCCAAAGCCUGCAAGCUGGGGGCGCUCAUCUUCACUUCCAUCACCAUCAUCCUCGUCAUCGUCAUCCCUAUCGCCACCAUGAGCUCCUGAGGCUCUGUAUGCAUGCCAGACAGGAGACCUCCAAACAAAAAUACUGAUUUGAUUUGUUGAUUGGCGACGACGGGAUGGUGGGAUUCUGAAUGUGGUGUUGAUGUGAUACAUUUAUGGGAGUAAUGUGCCCUACAUUUACCAUGCUCUUGCACCAGUGUACUCAGGAGAGAGUAUUAAGGAAAGACCAAGCUAAACGAAUGCAAAUUCUUUGUGAAUCUGGCGCCAUGCUAUUACAAUCUGUUAUGGCCUUAUCCUGUUGCCCACAUACCUUACUGGGCUAAUUUCUUUCAAGCACACAUUUAAAAAAUGCAUAACAGUAAAAAGCACAGCAUUUAGGUAGGCCUACUGUCUGCCAUUAUUUCUCAUUAAGUUAUGUUGAAUAAAAUAUUGAUUUGUCAUAAUGGUUUUCGCUCAGUGAUUUCCUCUAUAUUUUACUGGCUAUGUGUCAAUGCAGUCUUUUGAUGAGAAACCUCCUCUGUUUGUUGAUGUUGAUGUUGAUGUUUUGGUGCCAGAGGAAUAUGGAAAAGGAAGCCUUUGCCAGGAACCACUUUGUGAAUUGAGGAUUCCAUGUGUAAUCUAAUUUAUGUUAUACCACUCUACCAUGUUAGUGUACUGUAUGUACGCAGAAACACACACGCACACACACACAUAUGCAUGUGCAUGCACACGUGCAUGAAUGCGCGCACACACACACACACAUCACAUUGACACACACUACAUACAAUCACAGCCAAAAUUCCUAUGAUGUGAUUGUCAAGGGAUAUGCAGUAUUACUGGUUCUGUCACAUUUCACUUAGGAAGAAUGUCUAUGUUGUAGUUGAAUGUACUAGUGCUACUAGUACUGAGGUCACCUGGGGUUAGGGCUGAUGGUUCACAAUAUGGAGAGUGUCGCAGUGCUUUGGAGGGUGAUGUGAAAAUGUAAGGCCAAAGUUUGUUUUGCUGUGCUGGCAUUGCAGCAGACCCUGAGCCCUCACCAACCCACACACACACAGGAUGUUCAUUGUGUGGGGGUGGGGGGAGGGGUCGGAUCCAUGCAUUGCUUCCUCUUAAGUGGAUGUGUGUCGACUAAGUGAUCCCCUCGAGUCUAGUUGCAGAUCCAUUACUGCUGUUGUGUUGGUGCCACAGGAAAGCCCUAACCAUGUACUCAGCACAACGCUGACAGCCUGUGGGGAUUCAGUAAUGCUAAUGACCCAGAACUUCUCCACAACACUGGAUCCCAAACUUAGUUUUCAGGACCCAUC